AUGUCGGUUCCCGAAGAAUCAGUCGAGAAGACUAUAUACCUUAUCCGUCAUGCAGAAUCUGAAGAAAAUAGAAGGAUUGGAAGCUUGAAAAACUCUCUGAGGACUCUUGGUCGAUUCCGUCUACCAAGUCUGCAAGAUGCGAAGGCUGUAGGAGAACUGCUGAAUAUUCCUGCACAGAUUGACUCGAUAGUUAGCGAUAUUGGCAAGGAUCAAAUCAGUGACAUGAAGGCAAAGCUUGAUGCGGCAAAUUUCUUGGAGACUUUCAACGUAAAAUUGGUUGUGCAUUCUCCUUUGAUACGUGCAAGGGAAACGAGCGAGGGUAUGCUGGGGUGUGUUGCCCCCGAGACAAAGGUAGGCGCCGUAAAUCGAGUUGUGGAAUUGGCAGAAUUGAUAGAAAUGACGCCAAAAGAAUGGAUACCCAUGUAUCGAGGGCAAUUCAAGGGAAGAGUCGAAUUUUUUGAGAAAUGGCUACAUGACCAACCAGAAGAUACUAUCGCAGUUGUUGGUCACAGUGAAUUCUUCAAAGCCAUGUUGGGUCUAGAUUUUAAGUUUGGAAAUUGUGAUGUUUGGAAGUUGACCUUUAACUACUCGAAGAAAGGCCAAGAGAUGGAGGAUACAACAUCGGAACAAAUUUGUGCUCCCAAAAAGAAGCCAAGCAGUGCUGACUUUAAGGAAGGGGAGCAGCUUACAACAUAUAUCUUGCCGCCACAAUGGUCAAACGUUACAAAGAUAUAUACUGGAAAAAAAGUGGAAUCAUGA